GUGGCGGUGGCAGUGGCAGCGGUGGCGGUAGCUUCGGUCGGCGCCGAGGAGAGGAGACGACGCGAUACCUGUCAAAACUUGCUAGGCGCCUCAUUCUCUUCUCGGGUCUGGGAAGACGCAGCUUCUCGUCAUUGUCUGCACAAUGGAGCAAAGGCUCCAAAAUGAUGAACUUUUUAAGAUUGUCAAAAAUUUUCAUGAGAAAGAAAUUUGUCAAGGUGCUUUUCAUCAGCACCCUGCUCUCUUACCCAAGUUACGGCCCUAUCAAGAACAAGCAGUGCAGUGGAUGCUUAGCAGGGAAGAAAAAACUAUAGAAGAAGAUUUGGAUUUCAUUGAAACAGAUGUCAUACCGUCUAGUUCGACUGAUGAUGUUAGAACCCUACCUAUUGUCAGGAUUCCCACUGGAGGUAUCCUUUCGGAUGAAAUGGGUCUUGGCAAAACAGUGGAGGUUCUUGCAUGUGUUCUUCACAAUCCUCGGAUCGAUGUUGUUCUACCUCAGGAUAACUCCAAUCUUGAUUCUAAGAUGGAGGGUGAGAGCGACUCCGAUGAAGAGACCCUGGCAAUGCGCUGCAGGCAGAGUGCUGCUACAAGAAAGAAAAACAGGGAAAUGCGUGCGAAGAAAAGAGCUCAGAAAAGAGGUGAGAGUGUGGAUUUUAAAGAACCAUCGUCUAGUAUUGGAAAAUCUGAAAAUGUGGUCAUGCCAGAAACACUUGAUGAUGUGAAAGUGAGUGAACCCUCUCCAGAUACUUUUUUAGAUGUAAAGGUAGUAACCAGUACUACUCUUGCAAAAAAAGUAAGCUUUGCGGAAGAGGCUUUAAAAGAGGAGGCAGAAAUUAAAACAGAAGAGUGUGAAAUUAUGGUCACAGAUGAUAAUGAUGCCCCUUUAAAGAAAAAUUCUAAUAACAAAAAGUUGGACUCAGGAUUACCUAAAAAGAGGACUAAAGCUAUUAAAAGAAGUGCCACUGAUAUUAAGGAGUCUUGCAAACGACCAAAGAGUGCUAGCAGACAACUUGCUCAAUUGUGGUAUGAAAGUAAGCUGUCUGAAGUACACAAAAAUCCCAUAAGAGCUGCCUACGAGGCUCUUGCUGAAAGCAGUUCGGGGCAUUCAGCUCUAGAUGUCCAGUGCAUUUGCACUGAAAAUCAGGAGAGUCAGUUAACUGUGACCAAAUGUGAAGACUGCUCACGUUUGAUGCACAAAGAAUGUAUUGGUGCUACUAAAUGGAUUGGAUCACAACCUGUUUACUGUCCUCAGUGCUGGCUUAAAAAGACUCCUGUUAAAUCUCGAGCAACCCUCAUUGUUUCCCCCACAUCCAUUAGUGGUCAAUGGCUUCAAGAGGUCAAAAAACACAUCAGUGUGAAAGAAAACUUCAAAGUGCUUGUGUACAAAGGGGUGAAGACUGAUGGCUUUUUACAGCCAUACUUCUAUGCCGACUAUGACCUGAUUCUUACAACAUAUGAUGUCCUUCGCCGUGAGCUAGUGCUGUCUGAAGUCCACAAAGGUCGAAGUUUACGGUUUGAGAAAAGAUACUUUACACCGACGUGCCCAUUGCUGUGUGUUGAUUUUUGGCGUAUUUGCCUUGAUGAGGCCCAGAUGGUUGAAGGAACAGCCUCCAAAGCGGCAGAAAUGGUUUCUCGCCUUUCUGCUGUUCAUCGUUGGGCUGUCACUGGAACUCCCAUCCAGAAGAGUCUCCAUGAUUUAUAUGGCCUCAUUCUAUUCCUUUGUGUGGAGCCAUACAGUGAUCAUGCUUCCUGGACUCAGAAAUUGUAUAACCCUUAUUGCACCGGCAUAAAGUAUCCUCUCUACACUCUCCUGGCCCACAUAAUGUGGCGGUCUUCUAAAGUGGAUGUCCUUGACCAGAUUAAGAUUCCUCCCCAGUCAGAGCUCUUAUGGUGGCUUAACUUCACCCCUGUAGAAGAGCACUUUUAUUUGCGUACUCAUCAGGAAUGCUCAAAUGAUUUUCUGGAACGCUUAUCCAAAUUUCACUCUUUGAGUGAGACUUUGCACUCUUUCCCCAUUUCUACAGUAAAUCAUGUUCUGGGACCGCUUCUGAAGUUAAGACAAGCCUGCUCUCAUCCCCAGGCUGUUCGAGGAAAUGUUAUUGCCAAUCAAAAGAAUACUAUGACCAUGACUGAGCUGUUGGAAUCACUCAUCAAGAAAACAACAAUCGAAGCCCAAGAUGCCCUUCGUAAGCACAUUGCCUCUCUCAAUGGCAUGGCAGGUCUACACAUAAUCUGUAAUGAAUAUGUGUCAGCAGCGGAGAAAUACAGAGAAGUCCUUCGCAUCACUGAGGAAUACAAGGAACGCUUCAAAGUUGACACUCUUCAGAAGAUACAUACUCUCAACAACUUAGCAGAAGUGAUUGAAAACCAUAGAGAAAUAAUACCUCCUACAUUGCGUGAUGAUAAGCUGAGGGAGGAGGCCAAACAGUUGGAAGAAAACUACAUGUCUAAAGCCCAACUUGCAGUGACAUCAGUGGAGGAAUCUUUGGUUGGGUUAUCUGAAGCAGUUGUGAACCUUGAAAACCAAAUUUCUAAUGAAGAUGGUGAUUGGUGGAUAGAUUUAUGUCAAUUUUUGGACAGAGAUGAGAUUCUAUCUAAAGUCUAUGAUGCGUUGGUCAAUCAUCGAAAAAGUAUCCAUGAUGUUUCCUCUACCAGUAUAAUAAAAAAAGUAGCUACUAUUCCUGGCUUGCAACUUAUAAUUUCUCAAUGGUUGGAAGGUAUUGAGAAGAAUCAAAAGAAGGUGAAGAAAUCACUCAAAGCAUUAAAGGCAGCAGAUAAUGAAGUAUUAGUUAAUGCUGCUGUGGACUGCCACUUACGAAUUAGUAAUCUAAAGUCCAAGUCUCAGAAAGCAUUGUGUGAGCUUUGUGUUUGCGAAAACUACAUUAAGAAAUUUGAAGUGAACCUUUUUGACAUAAAAGUGAAGAAAAAUGAAAAUAUUAUGGUUGGUGAUGUAUAUCUCCUAGGCCAAGGAAAAGAAGGAUCGUGGAAACCUAGCGAGCAGGAAACUGUUUUAAAAACAUUGUUGUCUCUGGGCCGCCACAGGAAAGCAGACAAGGAUUGGCUCAAGAGUGGCUCUUUAUUUCUCAAGCUAAUGGAGGCUUUACGGAAAGAGUUUAAAUCUAUCCGUUUAUUGUGGAGUCGUGUUAAUGAAAGGACUCAGGCUCAAGAUGAACUAAACAUGUGUAAUCUUCGUUUGAGAUUGCGCUAUCCUGAUGAACCAAUGCCAAAUUCACCAACUAAAGUCAACAAGCGAAAGAAGCAAGAGUCUAAGAAUUUAAGUUCGAAUAUAGACACUAAAAUGGAAACACUUCAUGUAAUUGAGCCCCAUCAGGUAGAAGGAAUGACUCAUCAGAACAACUUGGAAGCAAUAUCAGCUUUUAGUGAAUUGCGAAAGAAAUCAGGAACCGUAGCUUAUUUAGAAAAUCUUCGUAGUAAAGGAAAUGAUCCCAAAUCAAGUCCAGAGGUUUGCCCAGUGUGCCAAGCAACUUUGGAAAACAAGUGGGUUGUUCUGUCCUGUGGUCACUGCUACUGCAUGGACUGUUUCCCAGAACUCAUGAAAAAGACCCAAGUUCCUUGUGCUAUUUGCAGAGAAGUAACAAACAUAAGUGAAUUGUCCUUUGUGAAUCUGGGUUCUGAAGAAGAAUGUGUUGGUAGCUCAUCAAACCUUGAAAUCCCUCCGGUGCUAGGCUCUUAUUCCACUAAAGUAGAGGGUGUGGUUAAAAGGCUGUUUUAUCUAAAGGCGGCUGACCCUCUUGUAAAGGUUUUGAUUUUUUCAACUUGGGAUCGAGUUCUAGAUGUUUUACAGGAAGCUCUUAAUUGCAAUAGCAUUAAAAACUUGCGUUUGAAGUCAGGCGCAGGAUAUGAACAAACCCUUCAGAGGUUCAAGGAUAUGGAGGAGGAGAAUCCAGUCACUGCCCUUCUUUUGCUUUUGAAGCUGGGAUCAAAAGGCCUGAAUCUGACAGAGGCAACUCAUGUCAUGUUGGUGGAGCCAUUGCUAAAUCCUGCUGAUGAAUUGCAGGCAAUAGGAAGAAUUCACAGGAUUGGACAAACAAGACAAACAUAUGUCCAUCGUUUCUUGAUUCGAGAAACAAUUGAAGACAGGAUGUUUUCUGCUGUUCAAGCAACAGGGAAAGAACAAUGGAGUGGAAAGCAAGUGACUUUGCAGCAGCUCAAGGAUUUAUUUUCUUCACAAACUUCUAACUUGCCAGCACAAGAAUUGAGACAGGAAUCUAAUGCGAGCAUCGAAGAAGUUACCAUUGAUGGAUAGGCUCCAUUGUUUUGUUUUGAUGUGUAUUGUAUAUUUGUGAUGGAAAGUCAAUGCGACUUUGUUCUUUCUUUUUUUAGUAACUGUCAUUUCUUUUAUGUAUGUAAUACAAGUCAACUUUGUUAAUAUUUAUUUUUGUAAUCAUCUGUAAGCCAUAAAUAGUUGUAAAAUACAAAGCUGUGAAAAUAUGUUAAAGAAGGAUGAAAUAAAGUAACAGCCUUUUAAUGAA